AUGGCCUGGCAGGUGAGCGUGUGCGAGCUGGAGGCGCGGCUGCAGUGCCCCAUCUGCCUGGAGGUCUUCACCGAGCCCCUGAUGCUGCAGUGCGGCCACUCCUACUGCACCGCCUGCCUGCUGUCCCUGUCCUGCCACGCCGGCCCCGAGCUGCGCUGCCCCGUGUGCCGGGAGCUGGUGGACAGCGACAGCUGCCCGCCCAACAUCUCCCUGGCGCGGGUGAUCGAGACCCUGCGGCGGCCCCGCGACCCCGAGCCCAAGGUGUGCCCGCACCACUGGAACCCGCUCAGCCUCUUCUGCGAGAAGGACCAGGAGCUCAUCUGCGGCCUCUGCGGCCUGCUGGGCCCCCACCAGCAGCACCGCGUCACGCCCGUGUCCACCGCGUACAGCCGCAUGAAGGAGGAGCUGGCCGCACUCCUCUCACACCUGAAGCAGGAGCAGAAGGAGGUGGACGAGCUCAUUGCCAGGCUGGUGAACAACAGGACGCGGAUCGUGAACGAGUCGGAUGUGUUCGGCUGGGUCAUCCGGCGUGAGUUCCAGGAGCUGCACCACCUGGUGGACGAGGAGAAGGCGCGCUGCCUGGACAGCGUGGAGGGCCACACUCGCGGCCUGCUGGCCUCGCUGGACGUGCAGCUGGAGCAGGCUCGGGGGGCGCAGGAGCGGCUGGGCCAGGCCGAGCGGGUGCUGGAGCAGUUCAGUAACGAGAGCCACCAUGAGUUCAUCCGGAAGUAUCACUCCCUGACGUCCAGCGCAGAGCUCCUGCAGGCGCGGCCCCUGGAAGGCACCUUCAGCCCAGUAUCCUUCCGGCCCGGCCUCCACCAGGCCGACAUCAAGCUGACGGUGUGGAAACGCCUCUUCCGCAAGGUGCUGCCAGCCCCGGAGUCUCUCAAGCUGGACCCUGCGACCGCCCACCCCCUGCUGGAGCUGUCCAAGGGGAACACGGUGGUGCAGUGCGGGCUGCUGGCGCAGCGCGGGGCCGGCCCGCCCGAGCGCUUCGACUACAGCACGUGUGUCCUGGCCAGCCGGGGCUUCUCGUGCGGACGCCACUACUGGGAAGUGGUGGUGGGCAGCAAGAGCCACUGGCGCCUGGGGGUCAUCAAGGGCACGGCCAGCCGCAAGGGCAAGCUGUGCAAGUCCCCGGAGCAGGGCGUGUGGCUGCUGGGCCUGAAGGAGGGCCGGGGCUACGAGGCCUUCGGCUGCCCGCGGGUGCCACUGCCCGUCGCCGGCCACCCGCACCGCAUCGGCAUCUACCUGCACUACGAGCGCGGGGAACUCACCUUCUUCGACGCCGACCGGCCUGAUGACCUGCGGCCGCUCUACACCUUCCAAGCUGACUUCCAGGGCAAGCUCUACCCCAUCCUGGACACCUGCUGGCACGAGCGGGGCAGCAACUCCCUGCCCCUGGUGCUGCCCCCGCCCAGCGGGCCCGGUCGCCUGGCCCCCCCACAGCCCACCAAGGAGGUGGCCGCUGGCCAGUAA